UUUUUGAAGCGUCGAAGAAGAAGCGCUUCCGCUUUUCUCUCGGCUCCCGCCCCGCUCCGCCAUCAUGAAGCCCUGAACAAAAAAAACGCCCGAGAGUCGAUUAAAAUGGGGAUGACCCGACCCAGCGAUGAAACCCACUAACGGCAAUCGCGAAAUGACACGGCGGAGCGGAGCGGCGGGAUUGAAUGAACGGGUUCUGCGCUGAAACCGUCGCAGGCGGCUCCUGGCGUUACGUUAUUCGGGCUAGCAGCGCCGCUAACAGCAGCAGCAGCCAGCAGAGUUAGCCGUUGAUUUUUCUCCUGCGGACAGCUCUGCGCUUUCAGCUGGCAGGCGUCAGUCAGCCCGCUGUCAGCUAGUCUGGGUGGCCGGUCCUCCGCUUAUGUCAGGCAGCAAAGGGGAGCCAGCCGACUGGGAGCAUCAGGAUGGCGAGGAAUUCUAGUAAAAGCAUCGACAGACAAAAUGAGGUUUGCUCGUGUUGAGUAGAGAGCCGAGGGAAGGGCACCGAGACCAACAUUUUUCCAGCCAGGCCAGUUAGUAGCUAGCCUCAGAGCUAGCUACAGUGGAUCCCAAAAGCCACGGCGCUGGCCAUGCCGUCGAGUGUGCGGGCCGGGAGCCUGAAGGACCCGGAGGUGGCUGAGCUGUUCUCGAGGGAAGAUCCUGAGAAGCUCUUCACAGACCUGAGGGAGAUCGGUCAUGGGAGCUUUGGAGCGGUCUACUUUGCCCAUGACAUCCGCACAAAUGAAGUGGUGGCAAUCAAGAAGAUGUCCUACAGCGGCAAACAAUCCAACGAGAAAUGGCAGGACAUCAUCAAGGAAGUGAAGUUUCUCCAAAAGCUGCGCCACCCGAAUACUGUGGAGUACCAUGGCUGCUACCUGAGAGAGCACACAGCUUGGCUCGUGAUGGAGUAUUGUUUGGGUUCUGCCUCCGACCUUCUUGAAGUCCACAAGAAACCCCUCCAGGAAGUGGAAAUAGCUGCCAUAACCCAUGGUGCAUUGCAGGGAUUGGUGUAUCUUCAUUCACACAACAUGAUCCACAGGGACGUCAAAGCCGGAAACAUCUUGCUAACAGAACCGGGCCAGGUCAAACUUGGAGACUUUGGUUCUGCCUCUAUAAUCGCUCCAGCCAACUCCUUUGUGGGAACACCUUACUGGAUGGCCCCUGAGGUAAUCCUAGCCAUGGAUGAGGGACAGUAUGACGGAAAGGUGGAUGUGUGGUCACUUGGCAUUACCUGUAUAGAGCUGGCGGAAAGGAAGCCUCCUCUGUUCAACAUGAAUGCCAUGAGUGCCUUAUAUCACAUCGCCCAGAAUGAGAGCCCCGUGUUGCAGUCAAACCACUGGUCGGAUUAUUUCCGAAAUUUUGUGGACUCAUGUUUGCAGAAGCUCGCACAGGACAGACCUACCUCUGAUGUGCUGCUCAAGCACCAUUUCCUAUGCAGAGAGCGCCCCAUGACAGUCGUGAUGGACCUGAUCGCACGCACCAAGGAUGCCGUCCGGGAGCUCGACAACCUGCAGUACCGCAAGAUGAAGAAGAUCCUGUUUCACGAGGCGCUUAAUGGUCCAGCCCCAGAGGGAGGUGAUGAAGAAGAGGACGUAGAGCACUAUGUGCUGCGCACUGGCACGGUGAACAGCAUGGAGAGCUCCCACUCGCUGCCCUCCAUGUCCAUCAGUGCCAGCUCCCAGAGCAGCUCCGUGAACAGCCUGGCGGACGGCUCCGACGACAGCGGGGAGAUGGCAAUGAUGCAGGAGGGGGAGCACACCGUCACCUCUAACAGCUCGGUCCUGCACAAACCCUCGAGCUAUGACAAUAUCUACGAUGACCCCUACCAACCAGAGGUAGACUCGCAGCGAGAGGCUUCAUCCGGUGGUGGCGGCGGUGGAGGAGGAGGAGGAGGGGGAAGACGUCGGCGUGGUCGAGAUCACUUUGCAACCAUCAGGACUGCUUCGCUGGUCACUCGUCAGAUCCAGGAGCAUGAGCAGGGCUCGGCUCUGAGAGAGCAGAUGUCUGGCUACAAACGAAUGCGGCGGCAGCAUCAAAAGCAGCUGAUGGGCUUGGAGAACAAGCUAAAGGCCGAGAUGGACGAGCAUCAGCUGAGACUGGACAAAGAACUGGAGAACCAGAGGAACAACUUCUCAAUGGAAGCAGAGAAACUCUCCAAAAAGCAUCAAGCUAUCCAGGAGAAGGAGCUAAAGGCAACUCAAACUGAAGAGAAGAAGUUCCAGCAGCACAUUCUAGGUCAGCAAAAGAAGGAGUUGACCACUUUGAUUGAUUCCCAGAAACGACAAUAUCGACAACGCAAGGAGCAGCUGAAAGAGGAACUGAAUGAAAACCAGUCGACGCCAAAACGGGAGAAGCAGGAGUGGCUGGUUCACCAGAAGGAGUGUCUGCAGCAGCUGCAGGCAGAAGAGGAGGCAGGCCUGCUGCGGAGGCAGAGGCAGUACUACGAGCUGCAGUGUCGGCAGUACAAGAGGAAGAUGCUGCUGUCUCGCCACAACCUGGAGCAGGAUCUGCUCAGAGAGGACCUGAAUAAGAAGCAGACUCUGAAGGACCUGGAAUGUGCCAUGCUGCUGCGUCACCACGAGUCCACGCAGGAGCUGGAGUUCCGGCAGCUGAGUGUGGUGCAGCGCACCCGCGCCGACCUGAUCCGCACGCAGCACCAGACGGAGCUCACCAACCAGAUGGAGUACAAUAAGAGGCGCGAGCAAGAGCUGCGUCAGAAACACGCCAUGGAGGUCCGCCAGCAGCCCAAGAGCCUCAAAUCCAAAGAACUUCAGAUAAAACGUCAGUUCCAGGACACCUGCAAGAUCCAAACGCGCCAGUACAAGGCGCUGCGCAACCACCUGCUGGAGAACACGCCCAAGUCUGACCACAAGGCCGUGCUGAAGCGGCUGAAGGACGAGCAGACCCGGAAGCUGGCCAUCCUGGCCGAGCAGUAUGACCACUCCAUCAACGACAUGCUGUCCACACAGGCUCUGCGAUUGGACGAGACCCAGGAAGCAGAGUACAAGGUUCUGCGGAUGCAGCUUCAGCAGGAGCUGGAGCUGCUUAACGCCUACCAGAGCAAGAUCAAGAUCCACACCGACACGCAGCACGAGAGGGAGGUCAAGGACCUGGAGCAGAGAGUGUCCAUCCGCCGAGCCCUGCUGGAGCAGAGGAUCGAGGAGGAGAUGUUGGCGCUGCAGAAUGAGCGCUCGGAACGCAUCCGCACCCUCUUAGAGCGCCAGGCCAGCGAAAUCGAGGCCUUCGACUCCGAAAGCCUCCGUCUGGGUUUCAGCAACAUGGCGCUGAGCGGGAUCCCCGGGGAGGCCUAUUCCAAACAGGGUUACUCCAACGCCGUGCCGCCCAGCUCCCGCUCCGCUGGCCACUGGAGCCACGGCGUGCACCAGCAGGGCACGCCCUCCCAGCAGCUCUCCCGCCGCAGCCACAACGCCGGCGGGGGAGGAGAUCGCAGAAGCGAGUCCUCAUCCUCCUCCUCCCAUGGCUUCGGGAUGGCCCAGGGGCACGGGCGGGACGGGAGGGAGGUGCACCAUUCGUCCCGUUCCUCUGCCUCCUCCUCUUCCUCCUCCUCCUCCUCGUCUUCCUCCCACCACCAGCGCCAUCACCUGCCGCAGCACUACCACCACCAGAGCACGCCCCAGCUCUACCGCGAGCGGGAGAGGGAUCGGGAGAGGGAGAAGGAGAGGGAGCGGGAGUGGGCCGGCGUCCGGGGCUCAGGCGGCGACCUGGCCCACCCACACCCCCUGCCCUUCUCCCAUCACCUCCCCUCGCGCUCCUCCUCCCAGUCCCUGGCCAUGUUGCCUCCACCGCCACCCGCUCCUCCCUCCAUCUCUGGCCCCUCAUCCUCCUCGUCCUCCUCUUCCUCGUCGCAGGGGGGGAUUUACGGUGGCGGUGGCGGAUUGGCCGUGCGCGGCACCCCCAACCUGAUGGCUCUGAGGAACAGCCCCCAGCCACUGAGGAGGACGGCGUCCGGAGGGGGGCCCGGCGGCUCCGGGGGCAGCGACGGCGUCCUGAGCCGAAGCACAUCAGUCACUUCACACAUCUCCAACGGCUCCCACCUCUCCUACUCUUAGAGGGGAGGGGGGAGCAGGAGGAAGGGGGGCGGGGUGGGGGGUGGGCGGUCAGGAAGGUAGCUAUCAAACGGAGCUUCUCAGCUUUCUGUCUUUCUUUUGAAAGUUGAGCUGAGAAUUUAAGAAAGCGUUUUCUCUUCACUCACAGGAGACCAGCAGACGUCAAAGAGAGGGGGGGGAUCUCUUAUUCUUAGAAGAGGGAAGCGGGAGGAAUGUAAUCACCUGUAAUCCCACUGGAUUAAGACGAUACUUGAUAAACAAAAACAACCGCUUUCUGUUCAGUAUUUCAAUCUUUAUUAUAACCUGUAUAAGAGCGAGCCAGGGCGUGUAGAUAUGGGACUCUAGGCCUUUAUAUGCUACACCCGUGUCUUCUUCUAUGAUGUUCUUUGCAGGAAUGGAGAAAGAGAGAAGUCACGAGAGUAAAAAAAAAAACCAAGAUACUAUGAUGUUUAUGUAUGUAAGUGGAUCUGUGUUCAGAUAUUAUCUCGAAAGCAUUCAGAAAUGGGAUCCCGAGAGGAAAACAAAUCAACGGUUUAGCCUUGAUCUUGCUGGAAUUUAAAAAAAGAAACCACUACUUGUUAUUGGUUUACAACUGCUGUUAUUAUCAUAAUUGUUGAUAUUAUUUACUCUUUGUUUUUUUUUAUAUAUCAAAUGGAACAAAAACUUAACAAAAGGUUGCUUGGAGAAUCACCAAUGCCUUUAAGGAGUUCUUAAAGGGUUGUGAUAAAAGCUGAAUAUUAAGACACAAAAGGGUCCUAUCUCAAGCAGCAAGGUGAAGGAUCAUUAUUUAUGUGGAUAUGUAUAGAUAAUUUUAACAAAGACAUUUAAAAAAAAAACAGAAAAUCAAAAGUUUUUUGGCAUUCAUGGCAUAUUAUCUAAACGGCAUAGAGUAGGAGUCAAACCAAUGCAUGAACUAAAUGUACAAAAAAAAAAUCACAUUUGAGAUGUAACGUAUGAAGUUUUUCUGGCAUUUUAAAUCACUCGUCCCACUUUUCUUUGUUUUUCUUUGUGUAAAUAUUUAGGGUAAAGACAGAAGAAGAAGAAUAAAUACAGUUGUUUUUAUAGAGUAACUAAGACAAUGAUAGUAAUUUUGAUAUACUCAAAGGAGUCAAUGAUUUAGGACAGCGGAUUUUCUAUAGGUGUCAAACUUACCAUAACUAAUCCUGGUGUAACUGUUGUCCUUUUUCUUGCAAGAAGCAAAACGCCCACUUUUACUGUAAAGAAAAAUGAAGAAAAAAAACAUUGUUGUCGGUUAUGGUGUGUAUUUAAAGUAUUAAUGAUUAUUAAUGAGAGAUUGUUAAUAAUUGUUAAGGAUUUCUGUAUGUCUGUUUAAGCGGUUGAGUCUAGGUAUAUUGACACUUUUUUUUAAAAGCAGCAGAAUCUGAAAAGACACUCCUCUGAACUACAAAAACUACACGGCCACUGGAAUGUAAAGGCUACCGUUUUCUUUGGUGUUUUUAUUGGUUUUUCGGUGGAUGCAGGUUGGAGUCGGGCGGAGCAGAAGCGACCAGGGCGGGCAUCGACUGAGCUGCUGUGGAAGGCGGCACAGCAGCGGUGACCGUGGCGGCCCGUCCAAAUCAAUCAGUGUUCAGUUGUGUUUGUGAGGCUUGCUUUACACUCCAAGGAGAUCACAGGCAACUUUUGAUGCCAAUUUGUUUUGUUUUUUUCUUAUUUUAUUUAAUAAAAAAGUACCCUGUUUGUAUGACUCCAACACCAGCUCAAGACACUUCCCUAUAUACCUUUAUGCUCGGUUGGAAUCUCAAUGCAUGCAAAAACUCCUUGUAUAAAGACUGGGCAGGCUUGUGAUGGCCUUAGUGUGUGGAAAUCAGUGUGAUUGUGUUUCUAGACGGUUGUUGUCCAUGUCAGGGGUGGUGGAUGAGGAUGAGGAGGAAGAGGAGGGUGGAGGUCUGGGUUCCUGGAUGAAAGAUGGACUCUGUUGUGUUCAGGUGCUGAUUGAACAUUCACUUCAUGCAGUUCCAGACGCAGAGGGCGAUCACAGAUGUGGAAACAGAGGUGGGGUGUUUUCAGAAGUAAUUUUAAAAAAAGAAAAAGAUAAUAAAUUGAUAUUAACACAGUAAAA